GCAGCUCCGCCGCCUUACGUCAGCAGCGAGGGUCGGCUCGCGGUGACUCCGGUGGAGCCACUCCUCUGUCCGCUCAGGAACCAGAACCAGCAGCUUUCUCCCGUCAGGAACGGUUCCGAACCGGGAUCGAAACGCCGAGGCUCGUCCCGUCCGUAUCAGUCCGUCUGAAAGCGUCGACAUGAUCCGAAACGGGCACGCGGACGGUCCGCGCGGCGGGGAAGCCGGUAAGCCGCAGAGCUCCGCCUGCAGCCCGGAGAAGAGGAGGCGGGAGGUCCGGGUGUGGUGCGACGGCUGCUACGAUAUGGUGCACUACGGCCACUCCAACCAGCUGCGACAGGCCAAAGCCAUGGGGGACCGCCUCAUAGUGGGCGUGCACACAGAUGAGGAGAUUUCCAAACACAAGGGCCCCCCCGUCUUCACGCAGGAGGAGCGCUACAAGAUGGUGCGUGCCAUCAAGUGGGUGGAUGACAUUGUGGAGGGAGCUCCGUACGUCACCACGCUGGAGACUCUGGACAAACACAGCUGUGACUUCUGCGUGCAUGGAGACGACAUCACGCUCACGGUGGACGGCAAAGACACGUAUGAGGAGGUAAAACAGUCCGGCCGCUACCGCGAGUGCAAGCGCACACAGGGCGUCUCCACCACAGACCUGGUGGGCCGCAUGCUGCUCAUGACCAAGGCCCACCACAGCACCAUGGAUAACCCUGAUUAUCAGGAACACACGGACAACUUCGGAAAGGGACCUCGAGGCCUCAGUCCCUGGACCGGAGUCUGUCAGUUCCUGCAGACGUCCCAGAAGAUCAUCCAGUUUGCCUCGGGACAGGAGCCUCAGCCCGGAGACACCAUCAUCUAUGUGGCUGGAGCCUUCGACCUGUUCCAUAUCGGCCACGUGGACUUCCUGGAGAUGGUCUACAAACAGGCAGAGAGGCCCUACGUCAUCGUGGGCCUGCACUUUGAUCAGGAAGUGAACCGCUACAAGAGGAAGAACUAUCCCAUCAUGAACAUCCACGAGAGGACCCUGAGUGUCCUCGCCUGUCGGUACGUGUCUGAGGUGGUGAUCGGGGCGCCGUACGCCGUGGGCAAAGAUCUGCUGGAUCACUUUAAGGUGGACCUGGUGUGUCACGGAAAGACGGAAGUGUUUCCAGACAAGGAUGGAUCUGAUCCUUAUGCUGAGCCAAAGAGGAGGGGGAUUUUCAGGAGCAUCGACAGCGGGAACAAUCUGACCACGGAUGACAUCGUCCAGAGGAUCAUCGAGAACAGACUGCAGUUUGAAGCCAGGAACCAGAAGAAGGAGGCCAAAGAGAUGGCCGUGAUCGAAGCGAUGAAGAGGAGGGAGCAGGAAGACACGGCACAGCCGGCCAACCUGUGAGCUCGUUCCCUCAGCUGCAGAGGAGGGAGGAGCCUGCAAGAGGAGGGAGGGGCCUGCAAGAGGAGGGAGGGGCCUGAUAGAUGAGAGAGGAGCCUUCAGAGGUGGUUGGGGGUUGAUGAAAUCGCGAUGGUUCUUCUCCUGUGGUCUACAUGUAGAUGUUCUUUCUGCAGAACUGACUGUUGUUUUAUGUUUAGCUGUAAACAGAUUAAUUUAUGUUUUCUGUUUGAUUUUAACUCUUUUAAGAUCUUCAUCCUGUGAAAAAAAAGGUUCUUGUUAGAUGAAGUCUGUGAACUAAUGGUACCUUCUUGUACUCGUGCACUACUGUUGGGUCUGACCCACUCAGCCUGCAGUGUGAGGGCCUCCCAAACCCUCUGACCUGCUUGGAAAAACAGAAGCAUCAUUUAACAGUCGAACGUUCCACAGAGAUGAUCUGAACCGUCUGCAGAAAACUCAGCUCUUCUCUCUGGAUGCUCCUCCCAUCGCCACACAGUGUCCUGUCGUGCACGUGUGAGUGCACGUGCCAGGCAGCAGCCUCAGGAAGAAGCUCAUAACCUCAUGACACGUUCACCUUUGUAUGUUUGCAAAGCUUUUUAGAAGAUUAAAGUUUUAUUCACAAUAA